AUGGCGGGCGGAGGCGGCGAGCCGGGGCGGCCCGGUGGCCGCGCGCGUUCACGGUUGCGCGCGCCACGCAGCGCAGCCGCGCGCGGGGCAGCGGUGGCGGCAGCGCGAGGCGGCACGAUGUCCCGGAUGGCAUGCAUUUGGCGGAAGCGGGGGGGGGGCCGGGUUGCCGGCGACUGUUCCGGCUCGGUGCUCGCCUUCACUGGCCGAGAGCGGCUGCCACAGGGCGCCGCCGCGCGGCCUUCGCCAGAGAGGCGGCGGGCGGUGAGCGGGAACGGGACGCGGAACGGAGCGGGAGGGAGAGGACGGAGAAUGGGGCGGUGGGGACGCGUCACUUGCCGCGGCCGGUCUUCGUUUAGAAGGGGGGAGGACCCCGAACGCGGGGACCUCCCUCCUGGACAUCUUCACUUACUGGCUGCGGUAAGUGCCUCCCCCGCACCAGCAACCGCGGGGCCGCGCUGGCCCCCGGGGGGCGGGGGCUGCGGGUGCCCCGCAGGCGCUUCCUCCGGCCGCAGGGCCCCGCUCAAGGCCUCUCUGCCCGCAGGUCUCCGGCGGCAGAAGGCAAAGUGGUCCCGAACGGACGGCCAGGCCGAAGGGAAGCCGUUCGCUCCAGCAGCUCAGCGACGGAGGCACGAAGAAGCCCCGGCCAAGAGGCCAGCUAAAGCAGCAGCUGUUCCCAAAGCAAAAGCAGUUCCUCCGGCCAAGAAGGCAGAGAGCAGCAGUGAGGACUCCAGUGAUGAUUCAGACUCGGAGGAGGAGGAGAAGCCAACAAAGAAAGGUGCAAAAUCUGUGGUGAAACCAGCUGGAACCAAAAUCCAGCCUCAGAAGAAAGCAGAGAGUUCCAGCUCUGACUCAAGCAGCUCAGAUGAAGAAGCACCAAAGAAACAGCCACCAAAACCAGCAACACCUAAAUCGGGAAGUAAAGCUGCCCAGGCAGCUACCAAGGUUGUCAAUGGAAAAGCAGCAAGCAGUAGCAGCAGUAGUGAAGAUUCUGAUGAGGAAAAGGCUGCACCAAAAAAGGUUGUUCCCAAGAAAUCACCUCUGCCGAAACCUGCAGCCGCUAAAGCAUGUCCAGGGAAAAACAAACGUGCCAAGGAAAGUUCCAGUAGUGAGGACUCAUCUGACAGCUCAGAUGAUGAAAAGCCACCUGCAAAACAAAAGCCAAAGUCUGGUCAGUACAGUGCUGUACCACCUCCUCAGGGAACCCAGACAAAGAAAGGCCUUGCCAAGGCUCCUGCAAAAAAGGCUGAGAGCAGUGACUCUUCAGACAGUAGUGAUGAGGCAGAGCAGGUGCCCCCAAAGGGAGGAGCAGCAGGCAAAGCCGUAGUAGCUAAAACAAUCCCUGGCCCCCAAAACAAAGCUGUGACUAGCAAGAAGGCUAAAUCCAGUUCUGACAGUGACUCAGAUUCCAGCUCUGAAGAUGACAAAAAGAAGGCAGGGAGUAAACUCCCAGCUAAACCACCUGUGAUAAAGAAUACUUCCAAACAAGCAAAAGUAGUUGUCAAGCCUGGACAAGCAAAGAAAGACUCCAGUUCUUCCUCAGACAGCUCAGAUUCUGAUAGUUCUGACAAGAAGGCAGCUCCUGUGAAGCCCACAACUAAAGCAGCAACCCCUGCAGCAAAGAAGUCACAAGCUGCCACAAAGAAAGCCCAAAGCAGCUCUGAUUCAGAUAGCAGCUCCAGCAGUUCUGAGGAUGAGAAGGAAAAGAAGAAAGCCCCUCCAGCUAAAUUAGCUGGCAAAGUGGCUAAGCCAGUGUCCAAACCUUCUACUCCAGCUUCCAAAGCAGACACAUCUGACUCUGAUAGCUCAAGCAGUGAAGAAGAAAAGAAGCCGGCAGUGAAACCAGCCACUAAAUCUACAGGGGCAGCAAAAGCAACUGUAGGGAAGAAGGCAGCUGCUUCUAGUAGUAGCAGCAGCUCAUCAGAUAGUUCCAGUGAAGAGGAUGGGAAGCCCAAAAAGGUGGCAAAAGGGGUACAGAAUGGUUCUAAGGCCACUGCCUCCACAGAGAAAGCAAAAGCAUCCUCAACAGCAGCAAACAACAUGAAGUCUAAGCCAGCUGGUGGCAGUAGUAGUAGCAGUGAAAGCAGCUCUGAAGAAGAAACCGGAAAAGUUAAUGGAGGUUCAAUCGGGAAGAAACAGAAGAGGGAAGAUGUUCAGGAGCCAGAGACACCACACAGUAAAAAAGCAAAGGUCAAAGCCAAAACACCACACACAGUUCCCAAGGUGAAACGGCCAGCCUCUCCAUUCCGCCGUGUAAGGGAAGAAGAGAUUGAGGUGGAUGCCCGUUUUGCUGAUAACUCAUUUGAAGCAAAGAAAGGAGCAGCUGGUGACUGGGGUGAGAAGGCUAACAAUAUCCUGAAAUACACUAAAGGCAAAUCUUUCCGCCAUGAGAAGACAAAGAAAAAACGAGGCAGCUACCGCGGGGGCACUAUAUCGACCCAAGUCAAUUCUGUCAAGUUUGAAAGUGACUGAGAAUGUUUCCUUUGGAAUUCAUAAACCAUCUGCUCAUCAGAACAUCUUGGAUGGGCAUGUGAACAUUAUGGAUAUCAAGCCUGCCUGGAACGCUACCUCCCCUAGUAGCAUGGUACAGGCAGCUUCAGUAUAGGGAUGUGGGAGAAUGGCUGGAUGUUUCCCCCUUUUAUUUCUAAUUUUGGUUUAGUCUCCUAAUUUGGAACCAUCCUUGAGCUGGUGUUACUAGCACCACCAGGGUGACCUCCAAGGCUUAUAUUUUCUACAGUCUUAUUUUAAAAGGCUGGCAAUGAUUUUUGGUUUUGGUUUCCUGCCCAACUAAUAGAAGAAAGAGAAAUCAUUCUCCUGUAUUUUAACCUCCCAUUUCUUUUUCAGCCAGUUUAAAUCUGAUACCUGUGAAAAGGCAAGUAUUGUAACUUGCCUUUGAUUAGUUACUGUAAGAACAACUGAUUUGAGCCCUUUGGCUGUAAUCCCCAACCCCACCUGACAUUUCAAAUUCACACUUGCAGUGUGACAGAGUUCCUCUUUUCUGUGUUCUUUUAUGGUUUUACCUUGUAAUAAAUACCUACCUUCCUCUUCCUUGCACUCCUGUUGAGGCUACUAACCAGAGUACUUGGAGAAGCAGCAUCUAAAUACAUCUUAGUGGUUGAAUAACAGUAUUGCUUGCAGUUGCAAGGUGGGGGGCAGAAAGACCAAGGUCUAUAAUACAGCUGUGGAAAUCUUGUCAACACUUCCAUUAGGAGUGUAGCUGGGGAGUGGAGUUGUGAAGAAACUUGACUGCAUGGAUGUUUCACUUGGUGGGAUCAGGUAGGGAGGCAGAGGAGAUAAAGCCCUCUUUCCAGCUCUGCUUUUUGCUGUGUUUUUGUUUCAGAGACUCUGACUGCAGUGGCAUUACUCCUUGUUCUCUCUGAACAUACAAUGUGCCAGCUUAUGCUUAUUGCCAGCAGUGUGAGCUGCAGCGUGGUAGGAGUCAAGAUGAAUGUAUCAUUAAUGCCUUAAAUUUCUUUUCUGGGUUGGAUCACUUGCUCUUUGAGCUGUUUUCCAUCUGUUAAAUCCCUCUUGAGAAGUAAAAUGCCAGCUUCCCUUAGCACUAAGGCAAAUAAAGCCUGGUGUGGUAAGGUUUGAAGUGUUAGCUACAAGUACAUGUUCAGUAUGGGGAGCCAAAAGUUCAGAAACUUGCAGCCAAAACUGAGACUAGUUGAGGCUUACUGCUGGUGAGGGGCAGGCUUGCUUUCCAUCCAGUUGUGUCACUGCCUCCUUACGGUGCAGCUUAUAUUUGGUUCCCCCAAAUACUUUGCCUCCUAUUAGGGGGUUCAGGUUAACUAGUUUGUGGAGCAGUUGGCUGAGCCCACAGCCAGUGUGAGUUUAACAAUGGUACUACAUGUUUGGGAAACGGAGUAGUGGGCUGUGGUGAAGCUGCCAGCUGCUGAGAGUGCGGGGCCUGAUUUCCAUGUUUCCAUUCCCUCCCUAAAGGCUGCCAAUGAGAGCAGCCUUCUUACAGGAAGCUACAUUAGUGUGCAAAGCAGUGUCGCCUAAUUGAGGGUUGGAUGAGACUUGAUGAGCCACCCCCAUGUACAUGAGCAGCAGCUUUUUCCAAAUGAGCCUUUUUCAUGUCUUCCCCUCUGGCUUGCACAAUCACUGUGGUGCCUGGAUUCAAGGCUACAGUGCAGAGGGGCCCAGGAGACCGUGGUUAUUUAAAGAAAAUAAAGGUUAUAGGCCAAAGGAAGGUGGGAAGAGUAUUUUCUACGUAAGGACUUAAACGUCAUCUUGUGUGUCAUUUGCCCUCUUUUUUUCUGUUUAUCCGGAACUUAUAUUUGGAACUCUUUUAAAUACUUUUAUGCUUUGGAGUUUUUAAAAAAGUCUAAAGUGUGAAUUUGAUGUGUCAAAAAAUAAAGAUUGCUGCCUUUGUAGUCUGA